AUGCGCUUAUUUUCCGUUACUAAUAUCACUUUGGCAUAUAAGUAUUAUUCUCGGUGGAUCAAAAUUAUUAGUGUUUUAUUAAUUGGAUUAAGAGCAGCUGACUGGCCUUAUGAACUCGCAUUUCAUACCAUACAACAACAUAUCAUAAAAGAAGCUCCUCAAUCUGGCUCGCAAUGUUGGGCUGUAUGGGGUGAAGGUGUUAUUAUUUUAAAUUUUGUUGGAGAUGCUCUUGCAAAUUUAUUUUUAAGUGGCAUGUUUGUUAGAAGACUUUUCAUUCAUAUUCAUACAUCAAAAUCUUUAAUAAGCUAUCGAAAUGAAACUAUUGAGCGUAUUGCUCAAAAAUCGUUGAUUUGUCUAGCAUUCACUUUUCUCGUUAAUUUAGCUAUGAACUUGUUAAAGAUAACUAUGUUCAUAGGAGAACAUUCUGAUGCAUUUACAGUAUAUUUUGAAAUUAUUGAAUCAACACUUUUGGUAGAAGCAUUACGAAAUGAUGGUUAUCAAAGUACACAUCAUACUUCUCAAUGUGCCAGUUGUCAAAAAGAGCUAAAUCAAGAUAUUAAUACAAAAAGAGGUUUAGAUACUACUAAUUGUCUCAAUAGUCAAGCAUUUUUGCGUUCAUUUCAUAAUAUUGAUAACAAACAAAAUAAGCAUUACAGUGCAUAUACACUAGAUACUUAUGAUGAAAAUCGUAUCCGUCAUGUUGUAUCUUCUACAGAACCUGUAUUAAUUUCUGAUAAAAAUUAUUCAUCAUUUACUAGUUCUAUUCAACUUAAUGAAGGCCCAUCAAAUACUUCCAGAACUCAAAAUCAGUCAAUGUUAACCUUAAUGGAAGAUCCUCCUACACACAAUAAGCUGAUACCACAAUAUAAUACAAAUAUAGACAAAUUAUCCAGUCCAAGAUUAUCAUCGUCAAUAAUUACUUCAGUACCAAUUGCUGGUGAUACUGUUAAUCCUAGGAUAAACUAUCAAGUAUUUUAUGUAAAAGACUUGUACAUCUUGAUUGAAGAUUUUCCAGAUGUUGUUGCUGGUGUUACAGUCGGUAUUGUUGCAGUUCCUCAAGGAAUGGGUUAUGCCAAAAUUGCCAAUUUGCCUCCACAAUAUGGAUUAUACUCUUCAUUUGUUGGUUUGUGUCUUUAUUGUCUUUUCGGUACCUCCAAAGAUAUUAGUAUUGGACCAACAGCUGUUAUGUCUCUAUUGGUGGGUCAAACGAUAUCAAAAGUAACAAUGACAGGUGAUUUUACGGGUCCACAAGUAGCGUUAACAUUGGCUUUAUUUGGUGGCUUUAUUGCAUUAUUUCUCGGACUUGUGCGACUUGGAAUUCUAGUAGACUUUAUUCCUGGGCCAGCUAUUGCAGGCUUUAUGACAGGAAGCAGUAUUACUAUAUCAAUAGGGCAAUGGCCUAAGCUUUUUGGCAUAAGUAGUGUAAAUACGCAUGAUUCUGCGUAUCUUGUUUUUGGAAAUUUUUUCAAACAUUUACCUGAGACUCAACUUGACGCUGCAUUUGGAUUAAUGGGUCUUCUCUGGCUAUAUACAGUUAGAUGGGGAACGAAUUGUCUUACUAAAAGAUAUCCUAAAUAUGAAAAAAUAUUCUUUUUCGCUAAUAUAAUGCGAAAUGGGUUGUUAGUUAUUUUUAGCACAUUGAUUGCCUUCUUGAUCAAUAUCAAUCGGUCUUCUAGCCCUAUUCACAUAUUGAAAGAUGUACCCUCAGGGUUUACUGCCAUGAAUGUUCCAAAAAUCGAUGUCAAGCUUCUUUCACAACUCUCCAGCACACUUCCCUCUGUUAUCAUUAUUUUAAUUUUAGAACAUAUAGCUAUAGCUAAAUCUUUUGGUCGUAUUAAUAAUUAUAAAAUUGAUGCUGAUCAAGAGAUUAUUGCUAUCGGUGCAACUAAUGUUAUUGGAAGCUUUUUCGGCGCAUAUUCUAAUACUGGUUCAUUUUCGCGUACAGCCAUUACUGCACGAAGUGGCGCUAGAACACCUUUAAAUGGUGUUUUUGCAGCUCUUGUUGUACUUCUUUGUCUCUAUGUCUUAACACCUGCAUUUUAUUAUAUUCCUGAUGCAACCUUAUCCGCCAUUAUUAUUCAUGCCGUCGCAGAUCUUGUAUCUGGACCCACAUUUUUACGCCAAGUAUUUCGAGUAAAUCCAUUUGAGCUAUUUACUUUUAUUGCCGCUGUUGCGAUUACAUUCUUCACUACCGUUGAAUAUGGCAUCUAUAUCUCUGUCGCUUUAUCCAUUAUUUUUAUGCUUCUUCGCAUUGCUCGACCUCGCUAUGCAGUAUUAGGCCGUAUCCCAGUUCAAUCUUCAACAGCUGACUGUCAUCUAAAUAACCCUAAUGGCAAUGAAGGGUAUGAUUUUAAUCUUGUUGGGAAAAGUAGUAGUCGUCAUGAAGAAAAUAGUAGUCGACAUUAUAUAUAUGUUAGACAAGAUCAUCAAACAUUAAGCCACUUAGUAGAGCCCCCACCUGAUGGUCUUGUCAUUUUCCGUUUUGAUGAAUCCCUAACAUAUCCUAACGCAGGUUUCAUUUCAGAUAAAAUUAUGCAUUAUAUCCAAGAUAACUUUAAUUCUGGAGCAUCUAUACCUCGAACAAAAGGUGAACAAGCCUGGAACGAUCGUCGCUCUAUUGUCGUCAAAAAGGCUUCUAAAAAAAAGAAUCAAAGGAGAAUAGCGAGGGGAGAGAAUGAGGAAGAGGAGCUAAAGGAGUUACCAAGGCUUCAUGCUAUCGUUCUCGAUUGUUCUGCUAUUAAUCAUUUAGAUUCAACUGGUGUACAGACUUUAUUAGAUCUCAAAUUAUCGAUUAAUCGUUAUGUUGGUAAUGAAGUUGAAUGGCAUUUUGCCAGUAUUGCUAGCCCUGCUAUUCGUAACGCUCUUAUCACAGGAGGCUUUGGUAGCCAAGCGGGUCGUGGGCCACGUACCGGUGAAUUAUUACCUGUUAUCCCUGUUCAUCAAGAUGGUCCCCAGUAUAAUGUAAACGAUAGAAAGAGUCCCAUGAGUUGCCAAAAAUCACCAUUAGGAUCUUUAGACAACGAAUGUUCAGAGUCUGUUACUUCAUGUACUAAUGAAAAGAUAGUCAAGAGUGCAAUCGAUUUAUCUAUUAUUUCAAAGACUUCAUCUGUUACAUCUACACAAGUUCAAUAUGAAGUAACAGAAUCUGUACAACACCCAAUUGCUAGUGUCUCUAACUGUAGUCGUAUGUCUUGUGUAAUUAAUAUGGAUGGUGAUGAAUAUAUAGAGUAUCAUCCGCAACUUGAUAGGGGUCUUCCUAUUGAUAGAUAUCCAUUUUUUCAUUGGGAUCUGGAGGAUGCUGUUCGAGCAGCCUCUUAUACUCGAAAGAAGAGUUCUAAUAGUUCUUGA